CUGAGGUGGAUGCAGACAAUGAUCUUUGCUGUAAGAGAAAUAAACCAGCGGCAAGACCUUUUGCCAAAUCUUUCUCUGGGCUACCACAUUAGGGACAGCGGUGAUGACAUACCUGUAUCUGUAAAGAGGUCUCUUCUCCUGGUCAAUGGACAGCCAGAGAGGGGCAGUGGACAAAGCUGUGAAGACACACAAAAGCAGCCGAGCCCUGUAAUCGUUGGAGAUGCUGCAUCAGGAGUCUCCAUGGCUGUUCUGAGAACUUUAGGCUCCUUCAAAAUACCCUUGGUGAGCUACUUUGCAUCCUGUUCCUGUCUCAGUAACAAGAGAGAGUUUCCAGCAUUCAUGCGGACAAUGCCAAGUGAUCUAUUUCAGAUUAAAGCUUUAGUAAAACUUGUUUAUUAUUUUCAAUGGACAUGGGUCGGAGUGAUCGGUGUGGAUUCAGACUAUGCUCGGUUUGCCAUUCAGCUCUUCCUGAAAGAGUCAGAAAGAUUUAAUAUUUGUCCUGCUUAUGUCCACUUUUAUCCUGUUGUACUGAUGCAAGAUGCAGUGGAGGAGCUUGUGAACAUUUUAAAAGCCUCGUCUGCUACAGUCACAGUAAACUUCUCUGGGGAAUCAGAACUACAUAGUAUACUAAAAGAGUGCAGACGGCAAAAUGUUACUCAUCUUCAGUGGAUUGCCAGUGAGGCCUGGGCCACAUCAAAAGUCCUCUGGGAGGAUUUUGGUGAUCUGUUAAAAGGAACAUUAGGUUUUGCCAUACGCAGAGCUGAUAUCCCACAUCUUGGCAGUUACCUCAGAAGAGUAAGUGUUUCUGUUGCUCAGACAUCCCAUUUUCUCUCUGAGUUUUGGGAAGAGACUUUCCGUUGCCGGCUGAAUGGGUCCUUAAAUACUCAUGCACAUGGAGAAGCGGCACAGAACUGGCCACCCUGCAAUGGCAAUGAGAGUUUGGAUGACGUGUACACCCCUUAUUCAGAUGUGUCACAACUCAGAGUGUCCUACAACGUUUACAAGGCUGUGUAUCUCAUAGCACAUGCACUGCAUGACAUGAGCACUUGUGUCCCAGGAAAGGGCCCCUUUCAGAACGGGAAUCAUCCUUUCUCCCAAACUUCACCUAAGCUCCUGUACUACAUGAAACAAACACAUUUCACAACAUUAGGGGAAGAGGUCAGAUUUGAUGACAACGGUGAUCCUAUUGCAUCCUACGAUCUGAUGAACUGGCAAAGAGGGUCUGAUGGCUCCCUUCAACUAGUGAGGGUGGGAUUCUAUGAUGCCUCCCUCGAAGAUGACACGGACCUAAUAAUAGAUGAGCCAGCAAUUAUGUGGCACAGAGGAGAGAAGGCACCAGAAUCAUUGUGCAGUCAAAGCUGUCUGCCAGGCUCCAGGAAGGCCAGGCAAAAAGGAAAGCCAGUCUGCUGCUUUGACUGCAUACCAUGUGCUGAAGGAGAGAUCAGUAAUCAAACAGACUCAAAUGAUUGCCUGACAUGUUCAAAGGAAACAUGGCCAAACCAAGCCCGAGACCAGUGCAUUCCAAAAACAUUAGAAUUUUUAUCCUUUCAGGAGCCCUUGGGAAUAAUCCUAUGGGCAUUUUCAGCAUUCGGGGCCUGUGCAGCAUUAGCAGUGCUUGGUGUGUUUAUAAUGUACAGGAAAACACCAGUCAUACGAGGAAACAAUAUGGAGUUAAGUUUCCUUCUCCUCCUGUUCCUCUGCACAUGCUUUCUGAUUGGCCUGACAUUUAUAGGGAAGCCCACUGACUGGUUAUGCCGGAUUCGCUAUCCAGCCUUUGGAAUCAGCUUUACUCUCUGUAUUUCAUGCAUCUUGGCAAAAACUGUAGUAGUUUUAAUGGCAUUCAGGGCCACCCUCCCUGGCAGUAAUGUCAUGAAGUGGUUUGGCCCUGCUAAACAAAGAUCAAGUGUAAUCUUGUGCACUUGUGUGCAAGCACUUAUUUGCAUCAUAUGGUUAACAACUAAGCCUCCUGUUGCUGCAUAUAACACCAAGUUCAUGAGUGCAACAAUUAUUGUUGAAUGUGCUGUAGGAUCUGAAAUUGGAUUUUGGUGUGUGUUAGGAUACAUUGGCCUCCUAGCUUGUUUGUGUUUCUUAAUGGCAUUUUUGGCCAGGAAACUACCAGAUAACUUUAAUGAGGCUAAAUUUAUCACAUUUAGCAUGCUUAUAUUUUUUGCUGUGUGGAUAACCUUCAUUCCAGUUUAUGUGAGCUCUCGUGGAAAGUAUAUGGUUGCUGUCCAUGUCUUUGCUAUUCUAGCCUCUGCUUUUGGUCUCUUGCUGUGUAUAUUUGCUCCUAAAUGUUAUAUUGUACUUCUGAAACCUGAGAAAAAUGACAAAAAGCAUAUGAUGAAAAAAUAACUUUUAAAAAAGUGCAUUUGUAAUAAUACAAUACAGUAAAAAAAAAAAAAAAAAUGCAGUAAUAGCCGACAUUUUUUUCCUCAGCAGAAAGGACCUUUAGCCUACAAGUUAUCCAGUAAAUAAAAUUAACUUUUGUAUAUCCACUUUGUUGUUGGUAUUAUUUAUAUUUGA